CUUGACACCAGAGUGCACCGUUAGCUCAGAGCAGCUAUGGAGAAACAACACAGUUAGUGCCGUGUUUAAGGCGACAUUAGCCGCUGACAGAAUGAGAUAAAGAUGGAUACUUUAACGACGGACUCGUCUGCGGCUGAGGAGGAGGAUGAAUGUUCAGAGGUUUUAUGUUUGAUGAGAGUCGGAAGAAAUUCAGACUGGCUCCGCCUGUUCGACAACACUGAGAUCACUGUGGGACGUGGUGUGGAUGUAACUCAUCAGCUGUUGUCUCCAACUUGUCCUCUGAUGAUCUCGAGACUGCACUGUACUUUCAAGCAAAGGGAAGAUGGCCAGUGGACAGUGACAGACAAGAAGAGUCUCAACGGCGUCUGGGUGAAUGGAAACCGCAUUCCCGCUGAAGAAGUCCAUCAGCUGAGGCUUGGAGACUCCAUCCAGCUCGGGGUUCCCGUAAGUGGAACCAAAGUGGAGUUUGACUACAUCCUCGUCCAGCGGCCCCUCAAAGACAUUAAACUCUACCUGUCAAAGGGACACAGAGAGGGCGCCAAAGCAGCGCAUGCCGCUAAGAAGCCCAAGAGGAAGUUGACUGUGGAAGAAGUUGAGCCGUCCACCUCAAAGCCCAAACUCUACCGCUGCUCCUCUGCCGACAAGUCAUUUGCAAAGCCCUGCCCUCUGACACCCGUGAAACGCCAGCAGAGGCUCAGUCACACACAGCCAGAAGAAACUGGACCAAGCAGACAAGUCGAGGAAGUAGACUCGCCCUCAGAUGGCUCCAGUACUUCAUGUGAUCUGGACAACUUACAGAUGUACAGUCAGAACAUCCUGAUGCUGAGGGAGCAGGUCGACGACACCCAGAGGCAGGUAGCCUCGCUGGGGGGACAACCCCGGCAGGCUGACCCGCUCAGAGAGGAGCAUGUCAGGGAGCUGCAGGGUCAGCUGGAGAUGCUCAGAGCCAAGAUGCAGCGGAUGGAGACGUUAGAGAAGUCCUUCAGUGAAACUAAGAGGCAGUUAGAGGCAGAGAAAACACAGCAACAAGAGGAGCUUUUGAAAAAACAGUUGGAUGAGGCUUUGCAAGAGCAAAAGAAAGUGAUAGGUGAACUUGCCCUUUCUCGGCAAGGCUUCGAAGAGAUUCUCUCAGCCAAAAACAAAGAGCUGGAAGUGACAAAGGAGGAGAAAGAAAAGGCGAGGGCCCAAAAAGAGGAAGUAGUUACACAGGUGACUGAAGUUCUGGAGAAUGAGCUUCAGUGCAUCAUCUGCUCCGAGCUCUUCAUUGAGGCAGUCAUCCUGAACUGCGCUCACAGCUUCUGCAGUCACUGCAUCCAGCAGUGGCGCAAAAAGAAAGAUGAGUGUCCCAUCUGCCGACAGCCCAUCCUGUCCCAGACCCGCUGUCUGGCCCUGGACAACUGCAUUAACAGCAUGGUGGAAAACCUGAGCCUGGACAUGAAGUCAAGGAGGCAGACGCUCAUCACUGAGAGGAAAGCAGCUAACUCCGCUCAGGUGAUGGUGAUCCAUGAUGACGACAGCAGCAGGAGCAGCGACAGCGACGGCAGUAUGGUGUCCAUAGAUAGCAGCCUCAGCUCUGUGGUCUCUGUGGACACAGACAGCAGCAUCCACUUGGACUCCAGUCCACCCUACAGUGGUUACUCUGAUGAAAGUCUCGAUGAGUUUGAGGAUUAUUAGCCUUUUUUCUCCUGUGGGCUGUGAUGUAUAUUGGACAUUUUAGGUGUUGGUGUUUGAAUUUCUUUGGUUUGCUCCAGGAUUGAAUGCAAAGUUUGGUCUUAUUGAGCCCAGUAGAUUCAGCUAGGGUUUAUGUUUUUAUUUUGUAAAAUUAUCUUUGUUUUCAAAAAAGGAAUAAAGUCUCUUUCGCUGCA